GAAAUGAGCUCUGCCAAAGCUGCGGUUCCGGUAUGUUGUUCCCGUUGCGGAAAGGUGCUGGGCAACGCAAGAAAAAGUACAGACAUCCAAUGCCUGAAGUGCAAAAAGUGGUACCACAAGAAAUGUUUUAUGGCGGAAACCGGAAGCGACACCGAUAAAAACAGCAGAACGAGUCAAAGCUGCGUGUGUUGCCUGUCCACCCCGACAGGAGAGGCCAGACUGAUGCGUUCCGGUCGCGGAAACAAGUACGCAAAAGAAUUUUUGAAGAAUGGAUUUUGUGUCGUUUUGCUGGGAAACAAUGAGGAGGAGCGAAAGCAUCUCGAUGCUGAGCUCGCAAAAUGGGGCGCCGAGGCCGUAAAGUACUUUCAUGCUUUACUGAAGACAUACGAGUGUCAAUCCGAGUUUAACACCUCGGUUCCUACAUUGGAAAGUGGUUACUCGAAUUUCCGCCAGCGCUGCCCUGGCCGCUUUGAAAUAAUUGCAGACUUUAUAAGUAAUAAAGUUGUGCCGUUGGUAGAAAAGUCGAAGGCAGUUCAGGAAACGUUAGAUUUUUUGCUAUGCAAUCCGAAAAUGAAAGUUGGCAAAAAAAUUAUGUCGUCGGGCUGUUUCCUUUCGAUGAUGGGGAGCGAGACGCAAAAUUAUCACACUGACGGGCCUGCGCUCAGUGACGUGGUAGAUUUAUUCCCUUACGCGGUGAACGUAUUCGUACCGCUUGUUCCUGUCGACAGUCACAACGGAACAGAGUUUAUUCCUGGAUCUCACAAUGUCGGUGUGGAUGGGAAAGCCAAGUCUGUGCGACCAUCCGUUGCAGUUGGAAACGCCCUCCUCUUUGACUACCGCGUAAUCCAUCGCGGACUUCGCAAUUCAAAACUCGAUCCCCGUCCUUGUUUCUAUGCUACGUAUUCUCAAAGCUGGUACAAAGACACCUACAACUUCAGCGAAAGCCGUUAUAAAAGAAAGCUGGAGGUGAGCACGCAAUAUCUUGAACCGCGUGACGAGCGCAUGGCCAAGAGGAAUAAGAUUGAGAUUGCUUAA